AUGUGGUGGAGGUGUUCACGACUUCUCGUUUUUUUCUUGGUGCAACGUUGUUAUACCCUGUUAGGCACCUACGCAGAUACCCGGCAUGUGCAGACUGCCGACGAUGCGGCGGAUGUUGCGGAAAAGGUGUUGAGCAAAAGGAAACAUGAAUUCUGGAAGAAAGAUGUUGGAAGGAUUGGGAACUUCUUGAAUUCACCUACAUUCGAGUCAGCCUUGGCCUGCAUCAUAUCGUUGAACCUGAUUCUGAUCAUUGUGGAGACAGACCAGACCGCUGAGGGACAAGUGCCACCAGCGUGGAUCACCCAGAGCAAUGUGGUGUUCUUAGCCGUGUACGCAGCGGAGUGCGUGACGAAGAUUGUGGUCUUUAGAUUUGCUUUCUUCCAGGAGACAUGGAACUGGCUGGACCUGCUGGUGGUCUUUACUGAUACAUGCUUUGCAAUUUUGAACAUUUUCUUCACGAGUGUCGGGACACUUGUUUGGGCGAUUUUGGGUGUGCAAUUGAUCCACCCAGUGAACUCCCAGAUUUGGGCAGACAGCGAUUGCGAGAGAUGUCAAAGAGCUUAUUCUUCGGUUUGGGAUGCUUUCAUCACAAUCUUCGAGACGGUCAUCGUUGCAGACGCUUGGGGUGACCUUGCGAUUCCAUUGAUUGAGACGGCUUGGUGGACAUUUCUAUGGUUCUUUGGCGUUUUGGUCACCCUGCAGCUGGGUCUGCUCAACCUGAUCUUGGCGGUGAUCGUGGAGCGAGCGGCAGACGCACGAGACAAGGAGGAAAGGAGGCAAGUCCUUCACCAAGAGGAGAAAAUGCGUGAAUCGAAAUUGGAACUCAUUCGUCUUUGCAAGGAACUGGACAAAGAUGGUGAUGGUCGGCUAAGCGAAGAUGAGUUCCUGCAAGGCUUUGAAACAAAUCCCGUUUUUGCCGAAGCCAUGGUUGGGAUGGGAGUCUAUCCUGAAGACGUUGGAUUGCUUUUUGACGUCAUGGAUGUGGAAGGUGAAGGUGAAGUGAGCUAUAUCAGUUUUGUCAAUACGCUCUCACGGGUGAGGACACAGAUGAGCCAGGUGAUCUUGUUUUCUAUCUCUGAGCUACGGAAGUCUGUUGCAAGGGUGGAGAAACAGUUUGCGUCAACACCAGGCGGCUCCAAGGUCCAAAUGUUCACAAGUUAUCGGAAGAUACAAAUUCCUCCUUGUUGUUUGUCACAUGUAGUGCUGUGA